UUUCCCUCCCUCACAUCAGCUACAAAGUUUUUCCAAAAUGAAAACUUUGCUGCAUUACUUGUUCCUCCUCUGCUUCAAUAUCCUCCUCCCUGCAGUUCACAGCCAGUGCAUUAAAGACCAGCAACAAUCAUUGCUCCAUUUGAAGAAAAGCCUUCAAUUUGAUCAACCUUCACGCCAAACCCCGCUCAUAUCUUGGAAUUCAAGCACCGACUGUUGUUCUUGGGUUGGUGUUACUUGCACCAGUGAUGGGCAUGUUGUUGGUCUUGACCUUAGCAACAAAACUAUCUCUGGUCCAAUUGUAGGAUCCUUUGCCAACUUUUCAAACCUAAGGGUGUUGAAUUUGAGUUCGAACACCAUCUCUGGUACGGUUCCCGGAUUCUUUGCCAAUUUUUCAAAGUUGACUUCCUUGAAUCUCAGUGGUUGUUGGUUGAAUGGAAUAUUUCCUAACGAGAUCUUUCAGGUACCUACUCUACAAACUAUUGAUCUUUCGGCUAAUUUUAAACUUGGUGGUUCCUUGCCAGAAUUUCCCAAGAAAAUUGGAUCUCUUCAGUCCUUGUCUCUAAGCAAGACAAACUUUUCGGGGUCAUUGCCUGACUCCAUUGGCAACCUCAAAAUGUUGUCCACGAUAGAUCUUUCAAAUUGCAGUUUCCAUGGAUCAAUCCCCUCGUCGCUCUUUUCUCUUCCAUUAUUAUCACAACUAAACCUUUCCCACAAUCAAUUCUCUGGUGAACUUGCAAUUUCUAAUGUCUCUUCCAACUUAGUUACCCUUGAUUUAAGCUUCAACAAUUUGGAAGGACAAAUAUCGGUGUCUAUAUUUAAUUUUCAAGGCCUUCAAUCACUUAAUCUUUCUUCCAACAAUUUCACUGCCUUUCCGUUCAAUGGCCCUCAACAGCUGGAAAAUCUUACGAACAUUGAUCUUUCGUACAAUAGCUUGUUGAGUUUAUACAAUGGUACUGAUUCCUCAUAUUCCUCAUUUCCUCAACUUGAUUCAUUGAAUUUGGCUGCUAACAAAUUGGGAACAAUCCCAUAUUUCUUGAGAAAUCAAUCCACAUUAUUCAGUGUGGACCUUUCAGAAAACCAUAUCCGAGGCAAGAUACCCCGUUGGAUAUGGAGUUUCAAUCAACUUUCUACCCUAAAUCUUUCUUGUAACUACUUGGUAACACUAGAAGCUCCUUUACUUAAUUCUACAGUGAAAACAGUUGACCUUCAUUCAAACAAACUUCAGGGGCAAAUCCCAACUUUCCUACCAUCUGCCAAGUAUCUGGAUUACUCAAGAAAUAAUUUCAGCUCUAUACCAUCAAAUAUUGGUGAUUUCCUCACAAACACACUGUUCUUCUCUCUUUCAAGCAAUAACUUGCAUGGGCUCAUUCCAGCAUCAAUAUGCAAUGCCUCAAAUCUUCAGAUUCUUAAUCUGUCCAAUAAUUCUCUGAGUGGCAUGAUUACCCAAUGCUUGACUGCAAUGCGUGAUCUCAGUGUACUUAACUUAGCGAGAAACAACCUCAUUGGAUCUAUUUCUAAUGUUGAAGUUACUGAAGAUAGUUCAUUGCAAAUUCUAGAGAUCGGUGGAAAUCAGUUAGGUGGCAAGGUUCCAAAAUCUCUAGCUAAAUGCAUUAAGUUGGAGGUUUUAAACAUUGGAAACAAUAAUAUAACAGAUAGCUUCCCAUGCUUGUUGAAGAACAUUUCCACUUUGCGUGUCCUUAUUUUGCGCUCCAACAACUUUUAUGGAGGCAUUGAAUGUCUCAACACCAAUGGCACCUGGCCAGGGGUUCAAAUUAUAGACCUAGCUCACAAUAAUUUCAGUGGUGAAAUACAGGGAAUACUUUGGAGAACAUGGCGGGAAAUGAUGGCUACCGAAAAUGGUUCCCUAUCGACAAUUGCCUUUGGAUCACAUACAAAAAGAAAAACCUUGGCCUCGAUGACUGCUACAAGCUGCAAUCGAGCAUCUGAUAGAUCCUGCCGUGGCUAUCAAAAUGUUGUUCCUUCUCGUGCAGAAUCUUGCCCUUCAGAUUCAACUAAUAGACUCUGCCAUCACUAUGCAGUUGCUAGUUCUUCUAAUGCAUAUGCUGGUUCUUCUAAUGCAGAUGAUGGUUAUUCUUUAGAGUAUAGUGUAAGUGUAACAGUUACUAGCAAAGGUUUAGAGAUGGAACUGGUAAAGAUUCUAUCUAUCUUUACCUUGAUUGACUUCUCAAGCAACAACUUCAGUGGACCCAUACCCACGGAAAUAGGAGAAUUCAAAUCACUAUGUGUCCUUAACUUGUCAAGAAAUGCAUUCACGGGCGAAAUCCCAUCCAAAUUUGGUAACAUGCAGGUACUCGAGUCCUUGGACCUGUCACAGAACAAGCUGAGUGGGCGCAUUCCACCGCUGUUGGCAGAGCUUACUUUUCUUUCGUUCUUGAAUCUCUCAUAUAAUCAACUGGUUGGCAGGAUCCCAACCAGUAAUCAGUUUUCAACAUUUUCAGCAUCCUCCUUUAUAGGUAACAAAGGACUAUGGGGGUUUCCUUUGACGGUGGAUAACAAAGCAGGAUUUCCACCACCACCAACAAUGAAUGGAAGGUCUCCAAAUUCUGGGCAUCAUCAUGAGGUUAAUUGGGAUCUUAUCAGUGCUGAAAUUGGAUUUAUAGUUGGCUUUGGAGUUGCUGUUGGGUCACUUGUGUCGUGCAAGAGAUGGAGAAAGUGGUAUUACAGAGCUAUGUACAACAUCCUUCUCAAGAUAUUCCCUCAGCUGGAAGAUAGAAUUGGUAUUCAUCGAAAACAUGUUCACAUAAAUCAAAGGUGAUCGAGAUGUUGAAUUGAUUAGGAGGAACAAUGUGAGUUUGGACUCCUUGUUAAUUAUGCCUAAGAUUGAAGAGGAAUAAGAAGAAGAAGGGCAUUGACCAUGGCGAUGCAUGCGCUCAUGACUCGUGGAGAAGCUUGUGGCUCCAGGCUCAUCUUCUUCCACCAAUCCUUUCGAUGCUUUAGGCAACGCUCUUAUCGGUUCUUCUUCCAAGACUUAGGCUUUCGUUUGAUUCACAAGCAAGACGGUCAUGGCCACAUCCUGCACCAGAUCUGAGAGAAGGCUCACAAGGAUGAGCUUAAGAAGAACGAAGAGACCAUUUCAAGGUCAUCCAAAUCAUAUUGGUAUGAUCCGGUUUGAUUAUCGCCGAAAUUCGAAGCUCGUUGAGCAGUUUCUUUGCAAUUUUGUGAUUAAUUUGAAUAUGUCUACGGUUCUUUCCCUUAGUUUUGCAUUUCAUUUACAAAUUGCGAUAAAUAAAUUGAUUAUAACAAAUAUACAAAUUUAUAAAUAAA